AUGGCUUUGAGGAGGGCAUCGCGAAUCUGGGAGAUCGGGCGAGCUGUCAUCCCGACAACCCCAGCGCUGCUGAAGCAGGAGCUCUCGGUGCCGCUGUCCCGCGUUGCUGAGCGCUGCCUCCUGCACGUGCAGCUUGGCUCGCCGGGGAAGCCCCCAGCCUGUGACAAGGGGCUGCGGACUCUGGAUGAGCGUCCCCUGGGGAUGCAGGAACGUGUCACCAUCCAUGUCCAGUGUCUUCAGGCGAAGGACAGUGAUGACGAUGAUGAAGUCACUGUUAGCGUGGACCGGGAUCGCUUCAUGGAUGAGUUCUUUGAGCAGGUGGAAGAAAUCCGAGGCUUCAUUGACAAAAUUUCGGAGAACGUGGAGGAAGUGAAGAGGAAGCAUAGUGCCAUUCUUGCUUCGCCCAACCCAGAUGAGAAAACGAAGGAGGAACUGGAAGAGUUAAUGUCUGACAUAAAAAAGACCGCGAACAAAGUGCGCUCCAAGCUAAAGAGUAUUGAACAGAGUAUUGAACAAGAGGAAGGACUGAAUAGGUCAUCUGCUGACCUGAGGAUAAGGAAAACGCAGGUGAGCCUCUGUCCAGGUGGCAUUGGGAAUGGGAGGGGGGAAAAG